AUGAAGAUUUACAAACAUAGCGUUGGUUAUACAGUACACAUUGAGAAUAAUGCUGUAAUUGAGCGUAAUGCUCCAAAGAAAUUUUUAAAGAUUUUGUUCCUGGUGGUUGUCAUAUCUGAAGUUUUUGUGGCGCCAUCUGCAGGGAAUACUGUUUUCAAGAAGACGCAUGCAACAUCCUUGGCAUCACCAUGGCGGCAGAACAAAACUUCGCGUUCAGUCAUCGAGUGUACCCGUUUCUGUAUAGGCAUAUCUUGGUGUACAACUCUUAGUUACAGGACGUCCUUGAAAGAAUGUCUGCUGUACGAUCUAGACCACAUCGCAAUGCACCUAAUUGAUGACAUCACCUCUGACGUGUACAGUUAUAAUAAAAGCGAUAUAAGUGCGUCUAAUUCAGAAAGUAAUGCGCAUCCAGGCUGGACUCUUGCUUUCCGGGGAACGCCAGGCAUAGGGGAUGAUGUCUUUCAAGCCUGGGUAAACGGUACGAACGUUACAACAACGGACACAGAGUGUAUGGCUCUCACUCCUAACACAUGUGCCCAUCACUAUAGAAACCCGAUUGUUGAUUCGUGGGAGUUGCUGGAUGUCCAACAGGUUAUGUUUGAGAUGUACAGUGAGAUACAUGGAACGAAGAACCUUAUUUUCGAUGCUCAAGGGAGCACUAUUACCAGUUGGUUCUCGGAGUCCAGAAUCACUAACUCAUCAUGGAAUGCAACGAAGCAGAGACCUUUUUAUGGAUGGUUUUCGAUGCAAGGGAGUAAUCCAUUUACUUUCCUCGUAUGUGGACGCCUUUUUCCUUGCGGGUGUGACGAAUUAUACACAAUGGUAGUGAAUAAUAAAGAAUCCUGUGCCGAUAUUUCUGGAAAACCACACCCCCAAUUCUACUUUGCCACUGAGGACGUGUAUGGUGUUAUAUGGGUGGAUGGAUUUUUCAAAAACGAGAGGAUGGCCAGCGCCGACCUGAUUGCCAUAUUCAUCAAACAUAAUGCUUUAGAAAAUCGACCGUAGUUCUCCUGUAAUGCAGUUUGAUUGAAAGUGUGAUUCCGUGAAACUAUUGUUCAUGUACAAGUAAAGGGACUAUUAAGGGCUUUUUUCGCUCUAAAAACAGUUUAAACACCAAAGGUCGCCCAUUGAACGCCCACUGAUUUGUAAAUUUAAUUUGAUUUUUUCGUGUGCGGUGUGAAUAUUAUGGCAAUUUGUGAUUUGUCUUACAUAAAGAAGUAAUGAUGCGAUUUUUUCCUGCUUGUGCAGGUAUAAUUUCUCUUCGUGUUUCUAAUUUCUGCAAAUGGUGCACACGUAUCAAUCACGAAUGGUCCGUGUGUUUUUAAAUUUAUUAGGGCAUGACGCAUUUACAAUUAUCGCAAGUUGGACUAGUUCAUUUUCCCGUGUAAUAAAUCAUUCCUUUGAGUGUAAAUGA